GGUGCUGAGUUGUUGAUAGUCUAACUGCGUUAAUUAUUUAAAAAUAACAAUAAUAAACAAAUAGUUCGUUAGAAAUCUCCAUGUUCUGAAAUAGUCCGAGUCGGUGGUCAGUCAUUAGGACGCGCUGUCUAGAUGGUGAGUUGGAUCAGGUGUUAAUAUAAAAACAUUUUUCCAUACACACGGUGCCGGAAUGAGCUUUUUCGGUUUUGGUCAAAGUGCUGAAAUCGACAUCGUUUUGAAUGACGCCGAAACGCGGAAAAAGGUGGAACACAAGACAGAAGAUGGGAAAAAAGACAAGUACUUUUUAUUCUACGACGGCGAAACGGUUUCUGGCAAAGUCAACAUCACGCUUAAAAACCCGGGGAAAAGACUGGAACAUCAGGGCAUUAAGAUCGAAUUCAUCGGGCAGAUUGAGUUGUACUAUGACAGAGGGAAUCAUCAUGAGUUUGUAUCACUGGUGAAGGACCUGGCUCGGCCGGGUGAGAUGAGCCAGUCUCAGACGUUUGACUUUGAGUUCACGCAUGUUGAGAAGCCUUAUGAAUCUUACACGGGCCAGAACGUCAAACUCCGCUAUUUUCUACGAGCGACUGUCAGCAGAAGGCUAAAUGACAUCAGCAAAGAGAUGGACAUUGUUGUGCACACACUCAGCACAUAUCCAGAGCUGAACUCCUCUAUUAAGAUGGAAGUGGGGAUUGAGGACUGCCUACACAUUGAAUUUGAGUACAACAAAUCCAAGUACCAUCUCAAGGACGUGAUAGUUGGGAAAAUCUAUUUCCUUUUGGUGCGGAUUAAAAUCAAGCAUAUGGAAAUAGACAUCAUUAAGAGGGAGACGACAGGAACUGGGCCCAAUGUUUACCAUGAAAAUGACACCAUUGCAAAGUAUGAAAUCAUGGAUGGAGCACCCGUCAGAGGUGAAUCAAUCCCAAUUCGACUCUUCUUGGCUGGCUAUGAAAUGACUCCAACAAUGAGAGACAUCAACAAAAAGUUCUCUGUUCGCUAUUACCUCAAUCUGGUGCUCAUUGAUGAAGAGGAGAGACGUUACUUCAAACAACAGGAGAUUACAUUAUGGAGGAAGGGAGACAUUGUGAGGAAGAGCAUGUCCCAUCAAGCUGCCAUCGCCUCGCAGCGCUUUGAGGGCUCCGCUAGUGCAGAGAGGGCCAUCGCCCAGGCCAAGGAGGACGACAACUGAUAACCUGCAAAAGAAGUCUCGCGUCCGAGUGUAUAAUUGUAGGGUUGUGGCUUUCUGAGUGUGCGUGUGCGUGUUUUCGAACACACCCGUUUUGAAUGUAUACAUAUGGGGGUGCAGCUAUGGCAUGAUGGUCUUUUCCAUUCCUAAACAUUACAUUCUUUGAUCAAAAAAAAAGCUUGAAAAUAGCAUUUUAAGAUUUUAAGAAGGGAUGUAAAUGGGAAAAAUGGUGAAAUGAUUAUUCAGUCUCAUUUGCCAAUAUAUUAUCAAUACAUUUUUCCUCAUU